AUCUGCAAAAUUAAGUUAUUGCUAUUUUCUGUUUGUAUUUACUUAACUAUAAUUCUAAAAAUCUAAGAGUAGUUUAUAAUAUUUAUAAUGAAUAAAUCGGAAUUUAUGAAUAUAACUUUAUAGAUUAAUUAAGUAAAUUGAAAAAGUAAAGUGAGUCAGAUUUCAAAAAAUGUCAUCAAAACAAUCAGUGAGUAGAUAUGAUUCUCGAAGUAGAUCUGUGGAACGAUACAAGAAGUCUGGAGAGAGAAGUAAGGAGCGCAACCGGUCUAGGUCAAGGUCGGAGAGUAAGCACAAGUCUGCAAGCAGAGAGAGGAAAUCAAAACAUAAAAAACGCAAGAAAAAGAAGAAAAAAUCACAAAGUUCAUCGAGCAGUUCAUCUAGUGACAGUGACGAGGAGGAGUUGAAGCUGCUGCAGAGGCUGGAGGCAGAGAGAGUGAGGCUGCGGGAGGAGAAGAAGAAACAGAAGGAGUUGUUGAAGGCCAAUGAAACACCUGAGGAGAAGAGGGCCCGGCGCCUGGCGGAGAAGCAGCAGAAGGAGCGCAAGAGGCGCGAGCGCAUGGGCUGGGACACGGAGUACCAGUGCUACACCAACCAGGACAACCCCUUCGGCGACUCGGCGCUCACGCACACCUUCGUGUGGUCCAAGAAGCUGGCCAAGGAGGGCGUGCGCAGCGUCUCGCACGACGAGCUGGAGGCGCUCAACCGACAGAAGCAGCUGGAGAACAAGAUCGAGCUGGAGAAGGUGAAGCAGCGGCGCCUGGAGCGCGAGGCGGAGCGCGCGGCGCGCGAGGCGGAGGCGGCGGCGGCGGCGCGCGCGCGCGAGGCGGCGCAGUUCCACAGCUGGGCGCGCCACGAGGACGCCUUCCACCUGCACCAGGCGCGCCUGCGCAGCCAGAUCCGCAUCCGCGACGGCCGCGCCAAGCCCGUCGACCUGCUGGCGUGGUACGUCAGCUCGGAGCAGUGCGUGGACGCGCUGGAGAUGCACGAGCCCUACACGUACCUCAACGGGCUGCACGCGCAGGACCUGGAGGACCUGCUGGAGGACAUCGCCGUGUACAAGGAGCUGGAGCAGCACGCCAACCAGCCCUACUGGGAGGACGUGCAGACCAUCGUGGCGGACGAGCUGGGCAAGCUGCGGCGCCUGCGCGCGCCCGGCGUGCGGCGCGACGGCGUGCACGAGGCCGUGGCCGAGGACGUCACGCAGAUCUUCAAGGGCAAGACGGGCGCGCAGCUGGAAGAGCUGCAGACGCAGAUCGAGCAGAAGAUCAGCGGCAAGAAGGACGGCGUGGACGUGCCCUACUGGGAGAGCCUGCUCAGCCAGCUCAAAGCGCACAUGGCGCGCGCGCGCCUGCGCGACCGCCACCAGGAGAACCUGCGCCGCAAGCUGCAGCUGCUGAAGCGCGAGCAGGGCGUGCAGCCCGCCGACAGCGCCGACAGGGCUGACAACGCCGACAACACCGACAACACCGACAACGCCGACAAGGCCGACAACGCUGACGACGCGCAGAGCUCGUCACCGACGACGCACAGGCCGCCGACUCCCGGCGCGGAGGCGAAGCGCGAGGCGGAUGACGGUCGCGACGCGGACGACGUUCGCGACGCCGACGACGGUCGCGACGCCGACGACGGCUCGGAGGAGGAGGCGUGGGGCGCGGCGCAGUACGCGGCCGGGAACUACUCGCCCGUGUACCUGGGGCCCGCGGCGCUGGAGGCCGGCACGCUGCUGACGGAGGCGGCGGACGACGCGCAGCGCCUCGCCUACCUGCGCGCGCGCCUGCACGCCGCGCAGCGAGCCACGCAGGCGGAGGCGCCGGGCGCGGACCGCUCCACCGGCGCGCUGACGGCGGCGGCGCGGCGCGCCAUGGAGUCGGCCGGCGACGGCGCCGCGGCGCAGUUCAGCGUGGAGCAGCCGCUGCCCGACCAGCCGUGCCUGUGGGCCGACAAGUACCGGCCGCGCAAGCCGCGCUACUUCAACAGAGUGCACACGGGCUUCGAGUGGAACAAGUACAACCAGACGCACUACGACAUGGACAACCCGCCGCCCAAGAUCGUGCAGGGGUACAAGUUCAACAUCUUCUACCCCGACCUCAUCGACAAGAGCGACACGCCCGAGUUCUCGCUGAAGCCGUGCCCCGACAACCCCGAGUUCGCCGUGCUGCGCUUCCACGCGGGCCCGCCCUACGAGGACAUCGCGUUCAAGAUCGUGAGCCGCGAGUGGGAGUACUCGUACAAGCGCGGCUUCCGCUGCCACUUCCACAACAACAUCUUCCAGCUGUGGUUCCACUUCAAGCGCUACCGGUACCGCCGCUGAGACGUCGCGCGUCCCAAUAUACAGAACAAUAUACAUCAUACAAACAAGAUCGUGAGCCGCGAGUGGGAGUACUCGUACGAGCGCGGCUUCUGCUGCCACUUCCACAACAACAUCUUCCAGCUGUGGUUCCACUUCAAGCGCUACCGGUACCGCCGCUGAGACGUCGCGCGUCCCAAUAUACAGAACAAUAUACAUCAUACAAACAAGAUCGUGAGCCGCGAGUGGGAGUACUCGUACAAGCGCGGCUUCUGCUGCCACUUCCACAACAACAUCUUCCAGCUGUGGUUCCACUUCAAGCGCUACCGGUACCGCCGCUGAGACGUCGCGCGUCCCAAUAUACAGAACAAUAUACAUCAUACAAACAA